ACUGUAUAUCUCUCGGGUUUAACUUUGUACUUUGAUUUUCGAAUAUUACUCCACAAACAACUGCUUUGUUUCACCCCAAUUCCACGCCAUAAUCUUAUCAAUUCCUUCACCCCUAUUCACUUCUGCUGCAUUCUGAUUGUGCUUUUCUCUUAAGGGUCUGCUUGCAGUUUACUAGUUGGUGAAUAUUGUGUCCAAAACAAUGGGAACCACAUUUAAUACGCAAAUUUUGGUGGAUAAGCUGGCAAAGCUCAAUAGUUCACAGCAAAGCAUUGAAACUUUAUCACAUUGGUGUAUUUUUCACAUGAACAAAGCAAAACAAGUUGUUGAAACUUGGGCCCAGCAAUUCCAUUGCUCGCCACGUGAACAGAGAUUGUCAUUUCUUUACCUUGCAAAUGACAUUCUUCAGAAUAGUAGGAGAAAGGGAUCAGAAUUUGUUGGUGAAUUUUGGAAGGUUCUUCCAGAUGCUCUUCGUGAUGUUAUUGAAAAUGGAAAUGAGUACGGAAAAAACGCUGCAUUGCGGCUGAUCAGUAUCUGGGAUGAGAGGAAAGUUUUUGGUUCUCGAGGGCAGCUUCUGAAGGAAGAGUUUGCCGGAAAGCAUGUUGGGAAUGGAAAGCAUAGUGGAGGCAAAGUGAGAAGCUACGCUGGAGAUGCCCUUGACAAAAUAGUUUCAAGCUAUCAGAUAUUGUAUGGUGGUCAAAUUGAUGAAGAUGCUAUAUUGAGCAGAUGUAGAAAUGCCAUUAGCUCUGUUGAGAAAAUAGAUAAGGAGAUUGGGAGUGAUUUAAAUCCAGGCCAUCUUAAUGGAUCUGGUAUAGUGGAUGAACUCAAGGGGCAGCACACAAUAUUGAAGGACUGCGUUGUGCAGCUAACAACUGUUGAAUCAUCCAGGGCAAACCUCAUCUCUCAUCUUAGAGAGGUCCUCCAGGAGCAGGAAUAUAAGCUGGAUCAACUCCGCAAUCAACUUCAGGCUGCUCAGUCCCACGCAGAUCAGGCAGGAAGUAUUUUCAGACAAUUCCUGAAUUGUGAUGGCAAUGGGCAAAUCUUAGCUGAGCAGAAUCGAAAGGAAGCUAGCACCUCCCAAGCUCCACACACAUUCAUAUCUGGAAAUCGAGAACAAUCUGCUCCAGUGAUGUACACUCGACAGGUAUCUUAUGAAAAAUCUGGCAACCAUGAUGAAGAUAUGAAAUCUGCAGCUGCUGCAGUGGCAGCAAAGCUCACUGCAUCAACAUCUUCAGCCCAGAUGCUGACUUAUGUCCUCUCAUCCUUGGCGUCCGAGGGUGUCAUAGGCAACUCAACCCAAGAAUCUUCCCACGAUAAUCAACCGGAGAAAAGGAUGAAGCUUGAAAAUGACCGCUCGUCUUAUGCCCCCCUCCCCCCUCAGAAUCCUCAGGAAGCCCACUCAUUUUUCUCUCAGCCAAACUCAGUGCAACACAAUCCCCCAAGCACUGCUCGGGAAUCAACUCCGAUUGAACCGCCUCCUCUACCAUCAUCACCUCCACCAUUGCCACCCCUGCCUCCUAUGCAGCCAUAUCCAGUAUCUCAGUGCAUUCAGACAUCUGGGCAAUUUCCUAGUUCGGCAUUUGUUUUUGCACCAACCCAUCAAUCUUCAACAUUGCCUGCUUUUCCCCAAGUUGUGCCUCCAGUCAAUGGAGUUUCUCCUUUUACAUCUCCAGCGACAAUUGCUUAUCAAGGGUAUUCAACUGAGAGUAGUCUAUAUAGCCAGUCUUCAUCCCUGCCGAUGGCACCCGUUACCCGUCAGUAGGAUUGAGAGUUCCCGGUGGUGUCUAGAAUGGUUGGGUUGAUAUUUUAGAGCUAUACAAUCAUACUUAGCUUCUGUCACUUAACUUUAGGGUUCUGGACAGCUUUUAUUUAAUUUGUUAACUAGUCUGAUGUACACGAUUAGGCUCUUCUCAUUGUAACUAUGUAACUUAUGUUGUGAUUUUGUUUCUAGAUUGGAGGUUGUUGGUGUUUAUAUAAAACUGACCUAGUAUUGCACUAGAAAUAAGUCGUCUAUUUGAACACUUUUCUAUUAUCACAACGUCCACCACAAGAGUUGGUCAUUUGAUA